AUGACAGCACCAACCAACGUCGGUAUUAUUGGGGCAGGACUUUCAGGCCUUGCACUCGCAUUAUCUCUGCACAAGCAAUCCAUCCCAUGCACCGUGUACGAAGCGCGCCCUGCAUCUCUGGACAUCGGCGGUGCAAUCAUGCUAUCGCCCAACGCACUACGCAUCCUCGAUGCAGUGGGAAUCUACGACCGCAUCCGCGUCCACGGCUUCGAGUUCCAGAACCUGUAUUUCCGGUCUGCGGAAGAUGAAGCGAGGGAUUCGUACGAGUUCGGCAAUCGCCAGAAAUACGGAUACGAUGGGCUGCGCAUCUAUCGCUAUGUUCUCAUCGAUGCGCUCGUGGAAGCAAUCAAAGAGCGAGAAAUCCCAAUCCAGUACGGCAAGAAGUUCACGCGGGUUGUUUCUGAGACUGACACCGCAGUUGAAUGGGAAUUCGACGAUGGGACCUCCAGUCGUGCGGCAUGUCUUGUCGGUGCGGAUGGAAUCCAUUCUCGCGUGCGCAAGUACCUGUACCCAGAUCUGGAGCCGCGAUUCACAAAUACAAUGGGCGUCACGGCUGAUGUGCCGACCAGCCAGAUUAUUGCUCCGGAAGGGUAUAAGAUGCCCGUGACGAUCAUGAAUCCCACUCAUGGAGCAUUUGUCAUUGCGCAACAACUGGUAGAUGGAUCGGAGUCUCUGAUCGGACGACAGAAGCAAGCACCGGAUCUGGACCGAGAGGGCUGGAACAAGUUGAUGAGCGACAAGCAGUGGUGCGUUGACUUCCUGCGCGAUGGAGCAGAAGAUUAUCCUCCAAUUGUGAAAUCUGCCGUCUCGAAUAUCCCGCUCAACAAAAUCAACCUGUGGCCGUUCUAUGUGGUUCCCAAGCUAGACCGUUGGGCCUCCAUCCACUCACGUGUUGUGAUUUUGGGCGAUGCGGCGCAUGCCAUUCCACCAACGGCGGGUCAGGGCGUCAACCAGGCAUUCGAGGAUGUCUAUACAUAUGCUCUCAUAUUGUCUCAGCGUCGGCAGGAAGAUCUGGAGCGUGGGUUGAAGCUUUGGCAGAAAGGCCGACAAGAGCGGGUUGAUCGUGUCCUAGCGCUCAAUAAGCAAAUUGAUGCUCGCAGAAUGCCAAAAGCUCAGGAUGCAGGAUCCUCGGAUCUGGAGAACGAAGAAUUUGAUCUCGAGUGGCUGUAUAGCCCAGACUUUGACGAGCUUGUACGCGACUGGCUCAGCUAG